AUGGGCCUCCUCCUCGUACACCCCCGCCUCCACGACCCCACCCCAGCCAAUGCCACCACUUUCCUCCGCUGGACGAAACUCCAUUUCAGAGAUAUGCUCAAUAUACCCGACACCGGUUCCGGUCGCGUCACACAAGACUUGCGGUUCGUUGCGCCGGAGGGCGACGAUGGGUAUACGCAUACGCACGACAAGAAGAAAGAAGAAGGAGAAGGUGGUAAGAGCGCGAUGCCGAAGUACCUCUACACGUGCCUGAUGGAUGACAUUGCGUUUCUAAAGACGGAACCAUACAUGGGUGUCAGUCGCAGACUGAACCUGGAAAAGAGCAGGAACUUAGAGGAGGGCGAGGUGGGCGUUGGGUUUCUGGAAGAAGAGGAGGAAGGGGAGUAG